AUGGCAGUAAAAAGUUGGGUGGAUAUUCCACAAGGGUCGCAUUUUUCCCUGGCCAACAUUCCCUUCGGGAUCGUUACAACACCAAAAUGUGCUGAUAGGCAUGCAGCAAUUGCUAUUGGUGAUCAUGUCUUGGAUCUACACGAGUUCGCACAGCAUCAGGGCUUCUCUGAACUGGAAGAUCUCACUCCGGACCAGAUUGCAACUUUUUCAAAGCCUGCGCUUAAUGACUUCGCUUCGCUAGGCCAAACCACCCAUAACAAGGUCCGCCGAUACCUGCAGGACAUUUUGACAGGUGAAACUCGAUUCCCUGCCUUGCUGAAAACCAACACCGCGGCUCAGCAAGCCUGUCUCUUCCACAAAGACCAAGUCAAGACGCACUUGCCUAUGAAAAUAGGGGGCUUCACCGAUUUCUUUGCAGGCAAAUACCACGCCUAUAAGUGUGGUCGCAUACUCAGGGAUCCUACCAAGGCUUUGACGCCCAACUAUCUCCAUCUCCCAAUCGCCUAUAACUCGAGGGCCUCGUCUGUGAUCGUUUCAGGAACCGGUGUGCGCCGGCCUCUGGGUCAAUUCUUGCAGGAUCCAACCGACUCAGAGCCCAGCUUCGGUCCGUGUAGUCAACUGGACAUCGAGGUUGAACUGGGCGCAUUGGUUUGUCAAGGCAACAGCCUCGGAGAGCCAAUUGAUGUCAAUAAGGCGGAUGAGCACAUUUUUGGUUUUGUUUGCUUAAAUGAUUGGGGGGCUCGGGAUAUAUACAAAUGGGAGUCGGCGCCUUUAGGCUCUUUCAAUUCAAAAUCGUUCGCAACCACCAUCAGUCCUUGGGUUGUGUUAAAAGAGGCUCUAGAGCCAUUCCGGGUCAGGGCUAUUGAAAACGAGACAAAACUACAAUCCUAUCUACAAGAGAAGAUGACAGAAAAUGUCUAUGAUAUCAAGCUGGAAACUGUGGUGAAAGCAGCGAAUGGUGACUCCGGAACCUUGUCACGGACAAAUGGCCGCUAUCUUGUAUUUUCUUUCGCACAAAUGAUCGCUCACCAUACAGUUGGUGGUUGCCCGUUGGAAGUUGGCGAUCUGAUAGCCUCAGGAACACUUGCUGGCCCCGAGCCUCAAAGUUUCGGUUGUUUCCUGGAAGGGACCAAUGGAGGCAAGCAGAGUAUCAAAUUGUCUGCAACUAUGAAGCGAACUUACCUGGAGGAUGGAGAUAGUCUUAAUAUUCGGGGAUGGUGUGGCGAUGAUGAAUCGAGUUUGGUUGGUUUCGGCGAUUGUGAGGGGACCAUCUUGCCAUCUAUAAAACCGUCUUGGAUGUGA